UUUUUUCCGCUGUGAACACAAAGAAUGAAAACAAGUUGGUGAGGGGUAGAUAGGGUGAAAAAAUGAAACGUUUGGGAACUGAAAGUCCUCACGUGUACUGGACACAUUUUUGGGGUUACUCUAGAAACCAGAGGAGGACUUGGAUCCAUAUACAGUUGUCCUGAAGUAAAUAAGUUGGUGUGCUACAACAGACCGAUGCUGAGACCAAGGCAAAAAGUAAGGGAAAGGUUCUCUGCUCGACAAGCUAACCAACCUGGUCAGAGAGAUAGGAUGCCACACCUUCAAAGGGAGCCUAUCUUUUUGGGGAAAUGUUGCUCUGAGAACUGAGCUGUAGUAUAAAAGGCCAUAACAAGGAGGAUAUUUUUUGAAUUGGUAAGGGAGUUUAGAAUGCUAAGAGUCAAGUUCCAUUAAUAAUUUCACUAGAAAACAAAAGUUUUAAGGGAAAAUGUCAUUCUAAGCUGGAGCUGACCUAUUAUGAUUGAUCUAUAAUUUAAUAGCAAAUCACUAUAUAUUUCUUUCCUGACAUCAACUAAAGACGGACUAUCCACACAGUACAAAGUAUGGCUUCGAUUUUAUCUGCUUCCAACAAAUCCAUGAGAUCUGACAGGAAUACUUAUGUUGGAAAAAGGUUUGUUCAUGUUAAAAAUCCUUACCUGAAUUCUAUGGAUGAAGACAUUCUCUACCAUUUGGAUUUAGGAACAAAAACACACGACCUACCAGCAAUGUUUGGGGAUGUAAAGUGUCUUUUCUCUCAACAGCAUGGCAUGGGAAUCCCUUCCAUUUCUAUCAUGCUUCACGAACUCAUCAAAUUACUGCACCAUGCCCAGUGCUGUGACGUGACCAUUAUCCGAAUUGGUACAUCAGGGGGAAUAGGCCAGGGUCGACUAGAUGGAGCACUGUGCUCCUUUUCCAGAGAAAAAAAGGUAGACUAUUUGAAGAGGGCAUAUAAAGCUGGCGUCAGGAACAUCGAAAUGGAAUCUACAGUGUUUGCGGCCAUGUGUCGACUUUGUGGUCUAAAAGCUGCUGUGGUGUGUGUGACACUUCUGGACAGACUUGAAUAUGACCAGAUCAACUUGCCCCAUGAUGUGCUGGUGGAGUACCAGCAACGGCCUCAGCUCCUAAUCUCCAACUUCAUCAAACAGCGGCUUGGACUUUGUGACCAGACAUCAUAACUAGGCAGCCCAUUCCUUCCCUGCAAGUCUGUAGUUCAAGUUGUAAUGUUGACAUCAUGUAUUGUUUGUGGCAUUGUCAUGUAGUUCUUUUCCACAUGCUAAAAUCCUAAUAGAGUGAUUUUGUAAAACCCCUUUCUCUUAAAAAAUGAAUUUGUCAUAAAAGAAUUUAAUAUGCAUAUUACAUUAAAUUCAAAUUUCAUUUUUGAAUCCAUUAUCCAUUAACAAAGUCAGUCUCAUAACUAAACAUUUAAAACUCCUGCAUUGUGACAUUUGGAGUUUCAUAUACAGCAUGAAUUAAACUCACAUCAAGAUAGAUCGGGUUACCAGUCACUCUGUUUUUGAAACCAGUCCAGAAAUUCAUGUUAGAAUAGUCAGGAGCUUCUAGGUAUUGGACAAAUGACAGAAAUUGAUCAUGCACAUUCAAAAUAUUUACAGAAAAAAAGUGUCAGUGUAAUGUAGGUCUAUAUGAAAAAAUCUACCCUUUGGAAAAUAUGACCAUACUUCUUUUUUUUUCCCCCUGAAUGAUUUCAGUGCAUCACAGAGUAGGAUUAGAGGCUUACGUUUGCCUAUGUUUGUGAUUUUAUCACAGAAUAUAAUCAUACACUUAUUUCUCAAAUGAAAACCCUCAGUAAUGCAAAGAAAGUUUUUCAUAUUUCUUCAGAAAUCACAAGUGAUUAGAUUGCCUUAUGGCAAUUUUUUUUUCUUUUAAGGAAAUGCAUUUUAAGGAGGCUGUAUUUUUUUAAAAUUUCAUUUCAAUAUUAACAUAAUAGGCUGAGGAAUUAAUAACAACCCAAUUUAGAAUUGAGUUCAGGGUGUUAAAUUCAACAUUUUGUGUGAUUUUGAAGCAGGUCUUACCUGCACCCUGCCUACAACUCUAAUCAGUUAGACCCUCUGGGAGGCACAGUGUCACUUAGAGAGACUGUGCCAUGCUCUCUGUGAGUUAAUGCCGCCUGGGGGGUGGGGAGGUCUCAAAAGCUGACACACUUAGGAGUUGGGAAGUGUAGAUGGGAGAUGAGCAGAGGAGGGCUUACAAUCUUGUACGGCAUGUCAUGUUGUGUACAUAUGGUUGUGGCUCCAAUAAAUUUUUGUUUUUAAAGAGUUUAUUGGGGAA